ACUCUCAUUAUCCCAUCCACACAUACUGAAGAGAUAUUUCCACCUUGCUCAUUUAGCUUUGUGCUGCUACGAACAAAGAGACUCUCACUCUCCUCCCCUCAUGGCUCUUACCAUAGCCAACAGUGGAAGUUCCACUGGCGGAGCAAGAGUCCUCUACAGCAGCUCCACCACCAGCAGACAGUACCCCUACACCAACCUCUCCUCACAACGCCACCUCCUCUUCCCUCCCUCCUCCAGAAGAGCCCUCUACGUGGUGUCAGCCAAGAGGUUCGCGUCCAGAACUGGGAGGACCGACGGCAGGAACAGGAAAAGCACCUCAACUACAAGAGACCAAGAACAAGACAUGAUGGGGUCGCAACGGACGGCUGAGAUUGAAAACGUAGGUGGUGGGGUUGUGGGAAACGUUGAUGAUCGGUAUUUCUUGCCUAAGCUUCCGGGGGAUGAGCCUUGCUUCUGGGAAGGUGAAAAAUGGGAUUGGCUUGGAUUCUUUGUGGAGUACUUGUGGGCUUUUGGUAUUGGCUUUGCGCUUAUUGCUUGCUUAGUUGCUGCUACUUCUUACAAUGAAGGAGCAACUGAUUUCAAGGAGACUCCAGUCUACAAAGAUUCGUUUCAGUCUCGGGAGUUUUUGGAAGAACCGGAGGCAUCCAACCCGGACGUCUUCGAAUCCAACCCGACUGAAGUGGCUCCUAGUUUGGAAUAGUUUCUUAAUAAAAUGACCUUACGUACAUCUGAAGCAUCUGAAUACAUGAUGUCAUGAUACAAUCCUAGGAAAACAAACAUUCUGUCAUAGGUAAAUAUCUCUGUUUGUAGGGUGACUUUCCAUGUCCAAACGUCUUUUUUCCGAAUUUCAUUUUACUAUCCUGUACGAUGUUUAGCAAAUUGUCAAAUAUAGCCUUUUUUGUGGA